UAUGCUAAGGGACUUCAGGGGUUCAAAUGGGCUCGUGAGAAAAUGGAGGAAAGCGAGUUUUAUGAGAGUUUGGAGCAGCUCACGAAAGGGGCUAAUGCCUCUCCCAGUGGUGCAGAGGAGGCUGCAUCCGUUGAGAAUUCCGAGCCUGUUUCUAUUCCCAAGAGGCGAGGGAAGAUCAAGUGCAAGAUUUAUGGUCUUGAUUUAUCUGAUCCCAAGUGGAGCGAAGUAGCAGACAAAAUCCACGAGGCAGAGGAGGUGAUAUGGCCUCAAGAACCAAAGCCAAUUUCUGGGAAAUGCAAAUUGAUCACAGAGAGAAUUCUUUCACUAAACGAGAACGAUGACCCAUCUCCAUUAAUGGCUGAAUGGACAGAGCUUCUUCAACCUACUAGGAUUGACUGGAUUACCUUGCUUGAUAAAUUGAAUGAUAAGAACAGAUUCUUAUACUUGAAGGUAGCACAGCUUCUUUUGAAUGAAGAACCUUUCGAGACCAACAUCCGUGACUACUCUAAGCUUGUCGAUGUCCAUGCUAAAGAGAAUCGUCUAGAGGAUGCUGAGAGGAUUCUUAAGAUGAUGGAUGAGAAGGGCAUUACACCGGACAUUUUAACAGCCACAGUUUUGGUUCAUAUGUAUAGCAAGGUGGGAAAUCUCGAUCGUGCAAAGGAAGCGUUUGAUACAUUGAGGAGUAUCGGCUUCCAACCCGAUGAGAAGGUUUAUAAUUCCAUGAUAAUGGCGUUUGUGAAUGCUGGACAGCCGAAGUUGGGCGAAUCAAUGAUGAGAGAAAUGGAAGCAAGGGACAUUAAACCAAGCAAGGAUAUUUACAUGGCAUUGCUAAGGUCAUUUUCGCAACGUGGUGAUAUUAGUGGCGCUGGAAGAAUUGCUGCAACGAUGCAAUUUUCUGGCAUCUCGCCAAGUUUGGAGUCGUGUAUAUUACUAGUUGAGACAUAUGGGCUAGCUGGUGAUCCUGAUCAGGCAAGGAACAAUUUUGACUACAUGAUAAAAAUCGGGCACAGGCCUGAUGACAGUUGCACUGCAAGUAUGGUUGCAGCCUACGGAACGAAGAACCUGUUGGACAAGGCUCUGAAUCUUUUACUACAGCUCGAAAAGGAUGGGUUUGAGCCAGGGGUUGAAACUUAUGCUGCUCUUGUAGAUUGGUUAGGUAAGUUGCAGCUGGUUGAUGAAGCUGAGCAGCUAUUAGGCAAGAUCGGUGCACAGGGAGAUGUCGUGCCUCUUAAGGUUCAUAUUAGCCUCUGUGAUAUGUACUCAAGAGCUGGGGUCGAGAAAAAGGCGAUACAAGCGCUCGAGUUGGGACAUGGUGAAUUCGAAAGGAUCAUAAAUGGACUUAUAGCUGGUGGCUUUGUGCAGGAUGCUAAAAGAAUGCAGGGCCUUAUGGAUGCUAAGGGUUUUACUGCAUCCCAACCACUUCAAAUGGCUUUGACGACAUCUCAAGCUCUUCGUGGCAGGAGACUGCCUUGAGAAAAUUUGCAUCUCAGCAUUUGUUUUCAAGGUUGUGUUGUUUUCCUUCACUCGAGUAUAGGUUAAACCCGAGUUUUUCCUUAUCCAUCUCUGACCUUGGUUUUUUCUUUUGUUUUUUUUAACUCAGAAGGUAGAGAUUAAUGGUGA